UCCAAGGCUUUUAGAUUGAAAUGCAACAUGUGGAAGACCUGUUAGAACGGAGCUCAAAAAUUAGUGAGACAUAUACAGGUACACAUAGCUCCAAGAAUUUUUUAGUGUAAAUUCCUUUUUAGAGUUGUUCUAAGUAUGAGUUUCUUUUCUUGUUUUUGGGUCUGAUGACAGACUUAACAUUGUGUCUUUCUUAAUAAUAAUAAUGUUAAUUUUCAGUAAUUAGUGUGUUAAUCUUCGUAUGCCAAAACUUGAAACUCGAAGCAAGGAUUGAAUGGAUGUUUUGCCGAUAACUGGUGUAGUGAAUGUUCCGUGCUUUAUUUCCAAUUUACAAACCAAGGAUCAAUCACCAAUGUAUUUGAUAUAUCGGCUAGCAACGCUCCAAUGGUCACCACCAGGGUCGGCCAUGGGGAUUGAAACAAUUACCGAUUUAAAUCUCUGAUGCCCAACGUAGAGCCUUGAGAUAAAAUAUAAUGUAACUAAUUGAUCAAAUCUACACUACCGACUCAAUCUACGUCUAAUUCAUGUUUUAUGGAGAUCGUCAAAGUCAAACAAAAUGAUUCAUUCCAUUGGUUAUAAAGCAAGAAUAUAUUAUCAUUUUUCUUUGUCUAGUACCUAAACUCACGUAUCUCUUUCUGUUUAUUUAGAUAGAUCAUGUUAAAACCAAAAGAUUAUUAGAGAGUUUUUUUUUGGUAAAAAUGUUAAGAAAUUAUUAGAGUUAAGAUACCAAGAGAGUUUUUUGACUUGUUGGUUGUAUAUUAUUGAUCAUACUCUCUCCUAGUUUAGUAUAAGGAUCAGUUCAGUAUUGUGUGAAUCAGUUUGUAGUCAGAUAUCAAUCACUAUGAGUAAUGGAACUUUGGAUUCUAGUUUAAUUUAAGAAGAAGAAAACUCUUUUUUAACGUACCUAAAUACAUAAACUUUAAAUUUUUACUUUAAUUGAUUUCCGUCCCAUUUUUCCAUCGAAUAGAUAUAGAGAUUUUUUUUUACUUUUAUAUUACCAGGAAACUUUAUUUCUUCAACCUACUUUUACCGCAAAAACUAUCUUCCAACAUAUGAACAUUGUUUUUUACUUCUUUUUUUCCAAAAAAUAAAAUCAGUAUAUCAACCCAUACUUUAACCACAAACUCUUCAUUCAUCAUUUUUUUUUCUUUGCAUCUAGUACUUAAACUCAUGUAUCUCUUUUUUUGAUCAAAAAAAAAACUCUUGUAUCUCUUUCUGAUUCUUUUGAUAGUUCAUGUUAAAAUCAAAUGAUUAUUGAAGCGCUAAGAUACCAAUAGAGUUUUGAUUCAAUACAUGUAAUCAGUUAGUAUAUAUUGUAGCUGGUUUUAUAUUAUUGUUUCUACUCUCCUAAUUUAAUAUAAAGGAUCAGUAUUGUGAAUCAGUUAGUAGUCACUAGUCAGAUUUUUUUAUAAAAAAACUUUAUCACUAGUCAGAUUUUGAUCACUGUUGAGUAAUAAAACUUUGGAUUUUAUUUUAAUUGUAGAAGAAGAAAACUCUUUUCUCAACGUCCAAAAUAGAUAAUUUUUUAACUUGUAAAUCCACUCUUACCUUAUUUUCUCUCGGUCUCAUUUAUUCAACGUACGCAAAUAGAUAAUUUAAUUUUUUUUAUGAAAACUUUUACCGCAAAAACUAACUUUCAACAUGCGAAAAUAGAUAAUUCACUUCUUACAUUUAUUUUACCUCUUAAAACUUUUAACUCUUUAACUUUUUUUUUUUAUUUUUUUCUCCUUCAAAAAAAUUCAUUAUAUCUACCCACACUUCAACGACAAAUCUCCACUAUCAUUUUUUUCAACAUACUUUUUUCCUCUCAAGCAAGAUACAAUAUGACUUUGUCCAUAAAUUGGGAAGGUGUUAAUCAAAUCGUCGACGACGUCCCGUGGGUACAGCUUUAUGAUACCUGUUGGGCGUAUUCUCUUACGCGGCACAUGAAUGCGGCUUGUCGCAUUGCGAACUUGAUUGGUGCAGAGUCUCUCUCCGUGACAUACUUGGUCCAGUACAUGAGAGAGUUUUCUACGCUAACAGACACGUUUGGCAUCCAUUUCCUCGAAUCGGUUAAGCCCUUCCUGAUGUAUGAGGGUAUGGUCCUGGAAGAUGAUUAUCAAAGAUUGUUUGCUCAGUUUUUAUGGCCCCCGGCAAUACCACUUCCGACUGGAAUCCGUAGGUUCGUUGUUACCGAUAUGAUAGUUCAUACUCUUGAUCUAUAUCGGAAUGCUGAAGAGUUUGAAACUAAAUUUCUUGAUGCAAUGACUUAUUCCCCAGUUACUGCUUCCAUCCCAAAAUAUGCUUCUCUAUCUGAGUUCUUAGCCCCUGGAAACUUCCCUGAAAACAAGAUAUAUUGUCCAACAAUCACGGAACUGCUUUCUCAUUGCCCAGAUAGCCAUGCUAUGUUUGCUACUGGUAUAGGUAAGUCUCAAGGAGUUCCUUUUGUCAGGUUUCGAGACAGUUCUGGUUUAAUCGACGGUGGUUUCAUGCACGUUGAAUUGGGCAUGGGAGUCAUUGCUCAGUUUGUGGAGUUAAUCGGAGCAUAUAUAAUGAUGUGAUCGGUGCCGAAAUGAUCUAGAGCCUGCUACGGCGAUGCUUCUAUCUCUACCCCCUAUCUAUACAAUCGCGAUAUCUAUUACUUUUGGUGUAAUGUGUCAGCUUUUUUUUUUUUUGGUGUAAUGUGUCAACCAUAAAAAAAAGUGUCAGCUUCUAAUAAAACUAUAUGAGAAUGCAUAAUAUGUGAACACUAUAAUUAUUAAAUUGCAAAUAUUCGUUUGUGUCUACUAGACAAAGCCAAUGCAACCAUUAUGAUAAAGACCUAAUCACUUACUGAAACGCGUGAAGGAUUAUGUUUCUGAAUUUUGGUUCUAAAUUGCAUUAUUGGUAAGAAAGAACUAACUGAUUCUUUUAUCAAAACAAAAAAAGAACUAACUGAUUCAUAACUAAAAGUGGGUCACUCCAAAAAAAUCUUUUCAAUGCUAAGUAGUCGUCAAUGCCUCUUAAAGAUCAGUGUGGUAACACCGUAAUAACAUACAGUUCUUGAACAGUUAGGAAUUUUUUGCGUCACAACCAUAAAUAAUAAGUAAAAAAAAUUGUAUUUUGUAUAUGAAAAAAAUAUUUUUUUCAUAAAAUGGAAAAUGGAAAACGACCUAGUUAUGGAGACAACUAGGACCGUCACAAUAAAGUCAAAAGCAAACCAUUAUAAAUUGCCAACAUAGUUUUCAGUUAUGUACUGCAUGUCUUUUUUUUUUGGACUAAUGGCUUUCAGAAUUUUUGCAUGGCUUUCAGAAUUUUUGCAUGUCUCAUAUAUAUAGUUUUAUUAGAAGCUGGAACUGUUUCUGCAUCUCCUGAUUUCUCCCGUUAUGUUUAAUCUUUCAUAUUUUUUAGUUUUGUAUGCAAUAUAUAUUAAAAAUGAUGUGAAAAAAAAAUAUAUUAAAUGAUGUGGCAUACAUGUUAAUGACAAUGUUUCGUAACCACAACAAUACAUAAUUUUAUCUUUUAAACUAUUGAAUAAAUAAAAUUUAUUAGUUGUAUCACUUUAAAAAAAUCUAUGAUAUAUAACAAGCCAGUUAUUUUAUAUUUUUCUGUUUAUUUAUUUAUAUAUACAGAUUUUUAUGAGUAACUAAUAAUUUUCAUAAUUAUAAUUCUACUUAUACAUUAAGUUAUAAUUUUUUGGUCAAUAUGACAUAUAAUGUUGGGUUCACCAAUAGAAUACAUAAAAACUAACUUUUAAAUUUGAUAACUGGUAGUUUUACUUUUAUUUCAUACCUUUUAUAUAUCUAUUUUUAGAUUAAAUAUUUUAAAUAUAACCAGUGUAUCAUAUAAUUUUAAUAUAAUUGUAGUAUUCUUAUUAGUAAAUAUAGUUUAAUGUUUUAUUUAUUAGAUAUUAAUAAAUUGUUUAUAUAUAAUAUUUUUUUUAAAUGAUAAUUUUGGUUAAAUAUAAUAUAUUACCAUACUAAAGUAAUUAAUUUCUGUUUCUGAAAGUAUAAGACUUGCUUAAGAAUGUAAUUUUGGUUAAAUAUAAUAUAUUAGCAUAACUAAAGUAAUUGAUUUUAUUACAUAAACUUUAAUUUUUUACCUUAAUUGCUCUCCGUCUCAUUCUUUCAACGAACAUAUAUAAAUAAUUUUUUUACUACUAACAAGAAAACUUUAUUUCUUCAACCUACUUUUACCGCAAAAACUAUAUCAACCCACACUUUAACCACAAACUCUUCAUUCAUCAUUUUUUUUCUUGCAUCCAGUACUUAAUUAAACUCAUGUAUCUCUUUCUGAUUAUUUAGAUAGUUCAUGUUAAAAUCAAAUGAUUAUUGGAGAGCUAAGAUACCAAUAGAGAGUUUUGAUUCAAUACAUGUAAUCAGUUAGUAUCUAUGGUAGCUAGUUGUAUAUUAUUGCUCAUACUCUCCUAAUUUAAUAUAAAGGAUCAGUAUAUAUUUUGAAUAAGUUAAAACAUGAUUAUUCAUGGGUUCUUAACACAAAUUCCUAUAAUUAAAACAAUUAAAAUAAUAAAAAGUUAAGAAAGAAAAAAUUGAAAGGUUCUUAAUUAUUAAUUUUAAGAAACGGUUCCUAUUCUGACACACAUAUGUGUCAUAUAUUAAUUGAUUCUGUUUUAUAAAGAAAAAUAAAAAAUAAACACAUUAAUAUAAUAUUUUUUUUCUUUAAGAACCUCUUACAGCGUUUUACCAAUAAUCAUAGAGCAUGAUUAUCCACAGAAACCCAUUAGUGUUUCUUAAAGAUUAUUUAAAUAUAUAAAUAUACUUAAGUGGAGUUAAGAAAUCCUGUUAAGAAACUGUUCGAUCUUGUGCUUCCAAUGAUAGUUUUUUAAAUUAAUAGUUUUAAAAAAAAUUACAAGAUAAAAUUUAUUUAUUUAAUAAAAUGUAUUAAAAGAUAAAAUUUUCAACAUAGAUUUUAAAAUAAUAAAAAAAUAAAACAAAAAUUAGUAAAAUAAACGAUAUCCGAGCUCACUUAUCAUCUUCAUCACGUCCAAAUUUACAAAAUACAUGUUCCACCAAAUCAGCUUUCACUUGUUGAUGCAUUUGUCUAUCACUAAUUUAGUUCGAACACCUAUCACAUUGGCGAUAUUUGUAGAGAUAUCUGUAGAAUACGUGAGAUCCACAUGUGAACUUUCGUUAUUCUCGGUUUGUUAGAACUCUAAAACAUCAAAUUGAGUGUAACGAAGAAACAAAUAAAAAAAUAAAAUAAAAAAUAAACAAAGAAAAAAGAGAUAGAGAAGAAGGAAAAAAAACCCACCUUUCCUCGUUUACUUGCUGACACGUAUGACACGUAUCCCCAGAAACUCUUUUGUAAUCGGUCACGAAAGACUCAUAUUAAAAAUCAGUUACAAAUUGACUCAUAUUAAAGAUCAGUUACAAUUUU